UCUUUAUAUAUGUCGACUACUAUGAAACAGCUCCAUGCAUCGAGUGAUCGAUCUAUAAAUACCAGCUACGUGCCUCCCAUAUUUCCGCACCAAACCAUCGACGCUCUCAAUCUCACACACACUUGCACCGUCGUUGUGCACGCACAUCCAACACAAUAGCGACCACGAUCGAGAACCCAUGGCGCCCAAGCUCCCCGUCGUCCUCCUCGCUGCCUGCGCCGUCCUCCUGGCGCUCGCUACCCCGCUGCUCGCCGGCGAUCCCGACAUGCUCCAGGACAUCUGCGUCGCCGACUACGAAUCGCUUGAAGGCCCGCUGCGGGUGAACGGGUUCCCUUGCAAGCGUGAGGCGAACGUGACGGCGGACGACUUCUUCUUCGGCGGGCUCGCCGCGGCCGCCGACGUGUACUCGGGCAACCCGAUGGGGUCGGCGGCGACGGCGGCGGACGUGUCGGUGCUCCCGGGUCUCAACACCCUGGGCGUGUCCAUGGCGCGCACGGACUUCGCGCCGUCGGGCGGCGUCAGCCCGCCGCACGUGCACCCGCGCGCCACGGAGAUCCUCUUCGUCGUGGAGGGCACCCUCGAGGUGGGCUUCGUCACCUCGGCAAACCGCCUCUUCAGCCGCGCCGUCGGCAAGGGAGAGGUGUUCGUGUUCCCCCGCGGCCUCGUGCACUUCCAGCGCAUCGUCGGGGCGGCGCCCGCCGUGGCGAUCUCGGCUUUCAACGCCCAGCUGCCUGGCACGCAGACGGUCGCCGGGGCACUGUUCGGCGCUGCGCCGGCGGUGCCGACGGACGUGCUGGCGCGGGCGUUACAGAUCGACGGUGGAGCGAUCGAGUACAUCAAGUCCAAGUUUGCGCCCAACUAGGGCAUGUCUCGAAUUGCAAAUGCUCAGGUGAUCGAAAAGAGGGUACGAACGAACAUAACUACUAAAUAAAGUCUCAAGUGAACAAGUCAUUUCAGGUUUCAGCAAGAUAAUAAUGUGAUGAUGAUGCCGCACACCUGUCUGCUUUAUAUUUUCGAUCAUAAUGUCUGCUUUACUAGGUAUGUCUCGUUGAAAUUCUAA